GGAGGUUGUGGUGGGUGGGGGGGUCUGGGAAAGAGUGGCUGAGAAUGGAGAUGUGGGAAGGGCCUUCCGGCCCCAGUGUUUUAAAAUGUGCUUGUGGUCGUGCGAGCGCACACAGCAGCGGUCCGUGGGUACGCGAGCGACGCGAGUCGGAGCUGCGCUGCAGGGGAGCAAGAGGAGGAGGCAGGCGACGGGAGGAGGUGACAGGGGGGAGAGGCGACGCAGCCCAUUUUCUCACGCCUCAAGUUCCAGGCACCUGGCGAGCGCAACGCCCUUCCCUUGUGUCUAUUUGGACAGCGGCUUGACGGACACCACGACGACUGCACAAACAAGUGCCGAACGCGCCUCGCGAUCCGAGAGGUUUUUUUUUCAUUUAUCGGCAGCCUUUCGUGCGUUUCGAAUGGAGUUAUGAACUCGUUUCGUCACGGUAGUAGCUGCAUCGGCAGAGAACUGUCGCUAUGGUUCGACACCGGACACGUGCAACGAGUUCAAGUUGAUGUGACGAGCAGCAUGUGGUGACGUGUCGGCGGUGUGUGUAGGGCAGCAACAUCGGCUGCUUCUCGAGCGCAUUCAUCACGCACUUGCUUUGCCCCAUGAGUGAAACUCCAACAAGCGCUGCGACUCCGCGCCCUGAACAACCAAGAUGCAGAACAUGAGCGACCCGGCGGCUGCGAGGUCAACUCUGCUCAGCCCGUACGCCGCCUUCAACUUCACCCUCGCCGAGCCCGAGAACGUCACCGGCGGCACAAACUCGUUGAACGGCACCGACGAGAAGUUGGGCUGGGAGUACUCGGUGCUGGCGGGGCUCGGCUUGUCGAGCCUCGUGCUCAUCCUCGUGUUCGCCACGGUGUUCGGCAACUGCCUGGUCAUCAUCGCCGUCCUCACGCGACCUUCGCUCAAGGCUCCCCAAAACCUCUUCCUCGUGUCGCUGGCCACGGCCGACAUCCUGGUGGCGACUCUCGUCAUCCCGUUCUCGCUCUUCAACGAGCUCAUGGGCUACUGGUACUUCGGGCGCGUGUGGUGCGAGAUCUACCUGGCGCUCGACGUCCUCUUCUGCACGUCGUCCAUCGUGCACCUGUGCGCCAUCAGCCUCGACCGCUACUGGUCCGUGUCGCAGGCGGUCGAGUACAACAUCAAGCGCACGCCGCGCAGGAUGAAGCGCAUCAUCGUCAUCGUGUGGUUCAUCGCCAUCGCGAUCUCUCUGCCGCCGCUCAUCUCCAUGAACCAGAAGAACCGACAGCAGCAGGAGGAGGUGGGUCGGCCCAACUGCGAGCUCAACACGAACACCUGGUACAUCCUCGGCUCGUGCAUCGGAUCGUUCUUCGCGCCCUGCCUCAUCAUGGUGCUGGUGUACGCGCGCAUCUACCACCUCGUCAAGUGGAGGGCCGCAAAGCUGCGGCGAGACAAGGAGGCGCCCAUCACGUCGUGUCGGCCGAUGGAGUCCAUCAGGAUGAGCGAGGUGAACGGCAACGGAGGCGGCGGCGGCGGCGAGGGGAACGGAAACGGAGAAAAGAACUGCAACGGCGCCGGAAACAAGUCUCGCCAUCAUCAUCAUCCUCCUCAUCAUCAGCAUCCUCCUUCUCAUCAUCAUCCCGAGGUGGACGUAGAGGAGACGUCGGUGUCUUCUGACAAGAACGAGCGGAGGAGGGACGACGCCUCGGCGGGCGCAAAGGCGAGCAGGAAGCCGUGCUCGCCCACCAAGGACGACUACAACCCCGAGAUGGAGAUCCUGGAGAGGCAGAACAAAGCGCGCGAGCGCAGGAAGAUAGCGCAGGCGAGGGAGCGGCGCUUCACCUUUGUGCUGUCCGUGAUGAUCGGCGUCUUCGUCAUCUGCUGGUUUCCCUUCUUCUUCACGUACAGCCUCUCCGCGAUCUGCAGCCCCGAGUUCUGCGUCAUCCCCGAGACCCUCUUCAAGUUUUUCUUCUGGUUCGGCUACUGCAACAGCUGCCUCAACCCCGUCAUCUACACGGUUUUCAACAGGGACUUUCGGCGUGCCUUCAAGAAGAUCCUGUGCAUGCAAUUCAACACGUCCUUUUAGGCGGACGCAAAAAAACAACGAACUCUCGUGACUCCGCGUGUAUAUUUCUCACGAACAAUAAAUUGCAAUCGAGGCAACAUGCGAUCGGCUUGAUUUGAAAAUGGACAAAAUUAAUGGUGAGUUGUGUAUUUUAUGAGUCUGGAACGCAUCGUGGGCGUUUAAUUUGUGCUUCAGCGGCCGUACAGGGAGUUGUUACACCACGAGUAUGGAAGGGAAGUGGGGAGAGAGAAAAAAGUUGAAAUCGAUUUGCCAGACACGCCUUCAUUGUCAGUCGGAGGGAAUGUUCUAGAUUUGAAGCUUUCGUGACUGCAAUGAUUCAUACUCGUAGGUGUUUUCGGUAAAGUCACGUGACUUUACCCUAAAAGACUUUACUUUAAAGUCACGUGACUUUACCGAAAAACACCUAAGAGGAGGAAAGGUUGACGAGCUGAAAAUGCGGACUCGUCGUUUUCCUUUUGAGAACCUAUAGCUACAUGCACACAUGCACACGUACGUUCAUACGCGGGCACACAGGGUUGGUUAUUCACAAGUCAGGAAACAAUCGGACCCAGCAUCCACUGCAACGAAUGUCUGCUCACAUUAAGCACACGACUGCGGUGGUUGGGUGAAUUGCGCUUUUGAAAGGUUGAGGCCAGGAAUAUUGUGUCGACAAGACGUCAGCUGCUGCUAUUCUUGGACAUGAUGCUGCGGUGAUGUCCUUGAGCUCCGCAAUUGUCGAGGAAAGUUUUCCGAAGCACAGAUGCGCUCCACGUAAUAGGAAACAAUGCAGGGCAGUCCGAAUCCUGAGACCCUGGGAAACGGGGUGGGGGCUAGCGAUUGCAUUGAGUGCUUGCUAUUUUUUGUCUCUGAUCUCUCAUCACCCAAGUGUAAUUCCCGUGGAAUUGUUCUUCAAGCCAGCAACCAACUCACCUCUCCAAAGCGUCUCCUGUUCCCAUUAUUCCUGGCUUUGAAUGCACAAAUACAACCGUAUCUUUUUUUUUUUAUCUGGCGUCACUAACCGUGUUUUUAUCUUGUUUUGUGUUGAGAAACGCGACGCUGGCUUUACGUUUCAAAAUCUUGGCUCUGUGGCUCGGUAUAUUUGUAUGCUUUGCGGUGUGAUUAAAUCGAUAUAUCAACAUUUUUUCUCGACGUGCUUAGCUUGAGUCAAGAAUCAAUGUCCAUAAUUGAACCGCCGGCGAGCGAGUGACGCACUCCCUUGUUUUGUUAACAUUUUAUGUUACACUAUUUGCCCAUCAUUCGGGAAUGUUCAAUCGAGCAAUGCGUGGUGAUGUAAUCAAAUGGCCACAUUAUAUCAUCACCGCUUUAAUAUGUGGAGUUGUUGCAUUGUUCUGAUGUUUGUAACGUGGAGUUAGCAAUUUGCUAUCCUUUGUAGCACAUACAGAUGUGUGAUUAAAUAAGUUAUUUCAUUAACUGUUAUUGUGGUGAGAUGACCGACAUUCAGAAACUAGUUAUUUUUUUAGCUCCCUGUUUUUUUUAUUCAAACCAUUAUUGUGCCAAACAAUCACAUUGUUUCAAAUGCUUACUUUUAAACGGCAAACAAAAUGUGUGUUUUUUAUUUAUUGCUUGAAUAUUUGUUCGUGUAAUUUAUUUAGUACAAAAAAAAUCCACAUCUAGGAUUUUACAAUCAUACUAUUGUAUUUAAAUUUAUUUUAACGGAUUAUAAAGUUGUUCCUCUUUUAGCGAUUUCUUAAUUGAUCUGUAACUUUGGUGUCGCCGUGACAUUCUAGAUAUGUGUUCUACCCAUCCAGCUGAACUUCAGCCAAGAGGGUGGAGUGUUGCCAUAGAAGCGGUGUUGUUAUCUAUAGAGCACUGUGUGACUUCUUGGCUCCAGUGGCGGGUCCACCAUAACAUUGUGGGGACGUGGGGUGGGUCCAUUCUAAUCGCAAAAACCUCACCCCAGACAGAAUAUACGCAUACAUGGUAGGCGGCUUGGGGGAGGGCUUCAUCCAGCAGUGGAUUGACCAUGGCUGAUGAUGGUGACAGAUACAACACGUCCAGCCAGCCCGGUUGUCAUUCCACUGCUGGAUAAAGCCCUCCUCCACAUCAUGCGUGUCAUGUGGGUUAGUUUGCCAUAGUUUGUCACGCUGGUCAGUGCGAGUUGGUUGAAGGCGGGGAGAAUCGAUAUGGGAGCAUAUAAGUAGAAUACAACAAUUGAUGUGUCUGCACUGCCCAGAACGUAACCGAAGCCUCCUCUCAGAACCCAAGCGUGCAUGGUGAUCACUCGUCCAGGAACUAACCAAGCUCAAACCUUGAUCUGAAGAGGUCGUAAUACGCAGGGUGAUUUUCUUAUAAGCUAUUCUUGAUUGCAGUGCAGUGUAAUAUUAUUUAUAUACCCAGGAAAGCCUCAAUGAGUCUGUAAGAUGUUUUUUUUCAUGAGGGUCAUGCUGCUUGUUCUGUUUUACACCUUUUUGGGAGUGUUAGAACAUUGAAAGUGCGUAGAAAAUAAAGCAUACAUUUGAGAGGGUAAAGCAAACGAUCGACUCGGAUAUCCCAAACGUACACAUGUAAUCAAGGCUUAUGUUCCCGCUGAGUGUUUUCCGGGUCGCUGGUAGACUGGAGCAGGUGCAGAACUAGUAACCCAGGCCAUCGCGAGACGUAUCCUGGACAUGGUAUGCCGGGUGCAUACACGUUUUCUGCGCCGCAGACUUGGACAUAUAUUAAGGCAUUAAACCUCGUGUACGAUCAUGUUCGUACGUCUCUAGAGCAGUCUGCAAGCACGGGAGGCCUCCGAGCAGCUGGGGUUCCCACUCGAGAGAGGAAGAGAAAAACAAGUAUAACCCGUAAAAACAAAAAUUUUCACUAUAAAUCCUUUAUAUGCGUGGCGGCUAGAGUCCUCUCGUCCUCUGGCUUGAGAUGGCUGCCACCUAUGGGUCAGAUGAUUGUAUGACAGCAUUAAGCAAUUGGUAAUUAAAUAUAAUAUUUUUGUCCUAAAAAGUGUAAAAUUUUGGAAAAAAAAUUUCACGAACAUUAAUUGUCACGCACAACGAGUCUGUGUGGAAAAUGUCAGCUCGAUUGGAUCACGGGAAGUGGGUUAAAAAACGACCGAAAUAUUUGCACGGUCCUAAGCAAGCAAGCAAGCGAACUUAAUAUAAAGGAUUUAAAAAACGUAUUCGUCCUGAGGCCAGAGCAAGAUACGAGUACAACCACCACCUAGGGUAGCAAAAUAUAAGUCGUACCGAUGUAUUGUAUUUACAUGGCCGAUAAGAGUAAACGAUUGAUAACCCUACUCAUUUUAAAUGGUUAUCCGACAAUUCACUGCUAUUUAAUCAUAUAAUACAUUGGAUCCACUCAAGUUAUGCCACCGCAGGUGAAACGGCCUGGUGAAAUAUCUGUCCUGGGCUCAUGGGCUAUUAUGCGUGGGAUAUGGUGUUGGUCGGCAAACAAAAAAUCCUUGCCACGUGCGUUUUAUUGGUCGUCCACUAAACGUUGGGUUUAUGAAGAGUGCAUUUGUGGCCAUGAAUCACUCUCGAGGAAUUGGAGGGACCGGGAAAUGAAACUGCAUAAUGCGCUCCAUACAAUGCAUCUGGCGGAAUUCAAUUUGCUCCUCUUAUUUUCUCAUCUUUGCUGCUAUGGAUGUUACAUCAGCCAGCGUGCAUGCAUUCGUUCUCUCACUGUGCUCUGCGUAUAUGAGAGUAGUGCUACGACUGCCUGUCUCCUGAGAGAAGGAUGAAUCUUGUUUUACAUUUUACUUUUGCACUCUCUAUUGUAUGAAUAAUUGCCCGUCCCCCUUUGCCUCUUCAAUCACCGAUUAAGUACCUGGAAUAUGCGAGGACUUUGCUCUGGGAACAGUGGCUCGCAUCGUUUUGUUUGUGAGUUUUCGUUCAAGAGGCAUCGAAGAAGGCAUAGAGGCACGCCCAUGCCGAAAGGGGCGCAAAGAAGAAGUCUUGCCCUCGUUGCCAGAAUUUUAAAACGGCCGAUGUACACCAGACACUUUUUAAAAUAUAUAUUCAAACAAAUCUAAUGGCUAGGUGGAUUGUUUACAGGAUCACGAUAGAUGGCAGCGGCUUGGAGAGGCCAUCAUCCAGCAGUGAAUUGGCAAUGGCUGUUGAUUAUUACGACGUAAUCUUAUUUUAGAAUUGUCUUUCUUGACACUCCACGGGUGUGAGUGUGAAAGUGCAUUCUGUUUCCCAAAAUUAGUAACUUUGAAUAACAAUUCCGCCCCCCCCCCCCCUCUGGAUUGAUCAUCUGAGGGCACCGCUGCAUAGAAGUAUAGACAAAUAACUAGUAGCUUAAGAGUCUGUUUUCAUUUUACGUUAGGGCUUGACAUCAGAAUGCAGUUACCUGCUGGGGCAACUUUGGGUAAGCUUUCAAUACCUGGAUGGAGAAUGACUGAACGCGCCCCACUAAUCAAAUUAUCUUGCUGUCUAAAUAUUUACAGUCUAAUUUUCAUUUGGGAAGGGUGUUGUGGAGACACGAGAGACAGGAGGAUAUUUUCAAUAAGUGUCCACAAGUCUCAAACAGGACCGCAGUAAAAUACAAUUAAUCAAAACGUCACAAAUUUAGAGAAUGUCUGGGUCGUUUUAUUUGCAAAGUAUCCUAUCCAUGUUUAUUUUUUUAGAAAACCCUUAAAACCAAAAUAGGCGUCCAAGUAUUAUGUAAAGUACAACUGAGGAGACUUGAAGUUCAGUGUUGAAUGAUGUGUGGGAAAAAUAGCCAUUACUCUCGUGCCAGAAGUGUCAACAGCCAUGAAUUAGGUUGGGAAAAUAUGGAGUUGUCUGGGUGUGUCCUCAGAGGCAACAAAUUGUGAAAAAAAUCCGCAUUCCAAAUGUUUGGGACUUGCACCCCAAGUAAACGAUUGUUUACUUUGAAAAUUACAUUUUUCCCAGUGUGUUCUUGGUGUUCCACUUCCGCGUUCAAUUGCACCAUCAUUGUUAGGGCCCUCCAUGGCAGUUGUCACCCACAAUGUAAAGCACACGGUGUAUGUUAAAAAAAAAAAAGACCUGUGCCUUGUGAAUAGAGAUUGAAUAUAUUUGUUGUUGGCAAAUAAAUAAACAUUGCAGAUGAAAGCACCA